CUGCAAUUGUUCAAAAUGCCAAACGGAAUGUCCGUUGAGUACAACGGUACACACAAGUGAUGUCACAAAGGACGAUUGGGCUGAAACUACUACUAACAUGAGUCAAGAUUGCUCCUCUGGAAGAAUUGUUGGAUCUGUAAUAGGGGGAGCUGUGUUCGGAUCACUAGUUACAGUCCUUGUCUUCAUGCUGCACCGGAGGAUACAAAAGAAGCAAAUAAGAAUCCGUGUUGUGGAAACCUUACAAAAUCCGGCAUACAAUGCAGAGAUAAUGAGUAUUAACGAUAGAGCUGAAGAGGAAGACACCGGAAAAAGCACGUACAGUGAAAUAAGCGACCAAAAGUCCAUGAAGGUAUCUCAUGUAGCGCCCAUUCGGAGGAAUGCAAAUACCUCAAAAACCACUGAUGGUGUUUACAACCAUUUGAAUGAAACAGCAUCCGAUGCCAGAAGUGAGUACUAUGAUCAUGCCAAACCAGGAGCCUCAGUGUCAACAUCUGCUGAGGGAUACUGCACUGUUACUAUAGAUAACGGUGGAAACGAUGAACAUAUAGAGGAUAAUGGAAUCGUGGAUGAUCACGACAAAAUAAGUGAAAAGGCAAAGGCAGAUGAAUAUUUUGUGCUGGAAAAAAUACAAUAAGAAAGUUUCACU